AUGGGAAACAUUCCUGAUUUUUGUCGUAAUCUGACUGAAACUAUCAAUGAAGCAUCUUACCAGCAUCUAUCCGAAUGUUGGACAGAAAUGCAGAUAGCCGAAUUUUUACGUAUCUAUUUACCGUUGACUAUUUUACCUAUAUCACUUAUAAGCAAUUGUUUAUCAUUUUUUGCAUUACGAAGUCGUCAUAUGCGUGGAACAGCAACAGCUUUUUUUAUGCUUAUACUGAGCGUUCUCGAUCCACUUGUUUUAUUGACAAAAAAUCUUGUAUAUUAUCCAACAUUUCUUGCCGCCGAUGCCAUACUGUGUAAAAUUCUUUAUUUUCUUAUUUAUGUCGUUGGUUAUACAACAGUUUGGAUACUUGUUAUAAUGACAGCUGAUAAAUUUUUUGCAGUCUGGUUUCCUCUUAAAGUUGCCUAUUUUUGUACGAUAACUCGAGCAAAAUAUGUUUGUGUACUACUUAUUGCCAUGACAAGUAUUAUAUCGCUUCACCAUUUUUGGACAAUAGCUAGUGUUACACAUCCGAAAGAUGCUACACAACAUGCUUGCUACUAUGACAUGUCUCGGUAUGCUUUAAUACAGCGUAUAUGGCGUUAUGCUGAUUUUGUAAUAUGGUGUUUCCUCCCGUUUAUUCUCAUAUCAGCAUUGAGUCUAUUGAUUAUUUAUAAAUUAAGUCAAAAACGAAAGGUUCAACGUCAAAAUCAUAUCAAAAUUAAACAAGCAAGCAUCGAUCCUAAUCCAACGAACAAACCAAAACGUUCAAGUAUGCUCGAAAUAAACAAUUCAGAAAUUGAAAUGCGAAGUAAUCAAACGCAACAAAUUGUUCGUUCACGAAAUCGUCAUAUAACAUUUAUGUUACUUGCUGUUGCUGGUGUUUUUCUUCUUUUUACAUUACCCAACAGUAUUUAUUUCGUACUUGAAAGUACAUAUGGUUUUAAUAAAGAACCAACAAUUAAUGAUUAUUAUCUAUGGAGACGUUAUCGUCGAUUGAAAAUUUUAACUAUACUCAUGUUUCAAUUGAGCGAUUUACAACAUGCAGCAAACUUUUUUAUAUAUCUAUUAACUAGUGGAAAAUUUCGUCGAUCUGUUCUCCAUAUAUGUGUAUCCAUAUUUUAUAUUGUGCCAACAGUACUAUCUCGUACGAAACAGCAUAGGACGAGUUCAAAACGUUCUUCAAGUAGACGAUUCGAUCGAGAUCAGCAUGAAACAUCGUCUCGUUCAAAUGCUUUCGAGACUACAAAUUUUAUUCAACACUCGCGAGAUACAUCCAAUAACAAACCACCUCAAAAGAACUACUUAUAUAGUUAUCUUUCGUCGACAUCGAAGUCAACAACAAGUGAACUAUCACAAUAUGAUAAUAAACAUGCACCUAUAUAA